AUGGCUUUCCCCUUCGCCUGGUCUAGCAUCCUCUCCUAUCGCCCUUUGUCGCACGACUGCUACCGACUCCUCGAAGAAAUGGGCGACUUCCUAGACGACAAUGCGGGCUGUAGACCCAAUCAUUUGUGUGUUCUUGUCCAUGGGCUAUGGGGAAAUCCGUCGCAUUUAGACUACGUCGCCUCUGCGAUCCGCGAACGAUAUGGAAAAGAGGGGGUUUAUAUACUUGCAGCGCAACGCAAUUCGGGGACAUAUACGUACGAUGGCAUCGAGCUCGGCGGGGAGCGAGUCGUGCACGAAAUCGAAGAUACGCUCGAGCAAUUAUCCGCCAAAGGCCAUACGAUCACAAAAUUGAGUGUUGUCGGAUACUCGCUCGGAGGGCUAGUGGCCCGCUACGCAAUUGGGUUGUUAGAAGCAAAUGGAACGUUGGACAAACUCGAGCCGAUGAAUUUCACGACCUUUGUGUCGCCGCAUGUUGGCGUGCGGUCGCCGAUAAAAGGGUGGCCGAGUCAUAUGUGGAAUGUCCUCGGGGCUCGCACAGUCUCGAUUUCGGGGAGGCAAUUGUUCAUGAUUGAUGACUUUCGAGGGACGGGGAAGCCGUUGCUUAGUCUGUUAGCAGACCCGAACAGCAUAUUUAUACGUGGAUUGGCCAAGUUCAAGAAUCGGAGUGUCUAUGCGAAUAUUGUGAAUGAUCGUUCGACGGUGUUUUAUACGACUGCAAUUUCAAAGACCGAUCCGUUCCCCGACCCGGAGAGGGCGAAUAUAAAUUAUGUGGAUGGAUACGAACAGGUUAUCAUCAACCCGGACCAGUACGUCCUUCCGACGCAGGAAGCGACGGAGGAGACGUCUAGCUAUUUCGCAGGACUGAACAAGGCGUUUAAAAAGUUCUACACGACAACAUUAUCCUAUCUGUUUUUAACAGUAUUCCUUCCAAUCUUUACAGUGUUGUUUCUGGCCAACUCUGUAGUUCAGAAUAUGCUCAGCCAGCAGCGCAUCAAACUAUACGAACAGGGCAAGGCGGACCUUUUACCAAGUCGAUACAGAGUGCCGCUGAUAAUGCAAGACGUCCGCGGCGCAGUGGAAGACGUUUUUGAAAAUCUCAACGCAUCGCAGAGCAACGAAUACCUUUCCGAACAAGAACGCAACGAUGAGGAACACAACACCAAAAUCCGACGACAUUCUUUAAAGCAAUCUGUCGAAAAACAGUUUCAAUCCGAAACCACGACCGAAGAAGGCGACAAAUCAGAAUAUCCGCUCUUGGCUCUGACGCCAGCACAGUUCGAAAUUAUUGAUAAUUUGAAUGCGGUGGGGAUCAAAAAGUAUCCGGUGUACAUUCAUAAAGCUCGCCACAGUCAUGCAGCGAUUAUAGUGCGGAUGCCCAAGCCUGGGUUCUCUGAGGGCAAGAUUGUGGUGCGGCACUGGUUGGAUCAUGGAUUUGAAGUCUAG